AUGAAUUGCUAUAGUUUACAACCGUUACACGCCAGCGUGUCUAAGGCCUACGGCAAACGGCCGAUGGGCAGUUUGAGUGAAUCACUCGACUCUGAAAAAUCAAAAGAUCAGUUAGAUUCCUUUUUUAUCGCUGAUAAUCAGAAAAAUGAGGAUGUCUUCUUUGUAAAAGUGCUUCAUUCAAAUUUUUCGGAGGAGGAAACUCUAACCAAAUAUCUCAACUCCACUAUUCCUAAGGACCAAACACAUUUAUCCGGAAGAGGUCAAUUUGUAGAAGUUGAUGGCAAUGAAAAGCAUAAUGAAGAUGAAAAAACCUGCAGAAACUUUUGUUCUUCGUUUCUGUGUUAUUUUUGUGCUAUUAAUAACAUCAACGCAUCCGAUGAACUUGAACUUGUAGACGGUACUUCUAGUCUUAACUCUACUAAUCCUUUUAAGCGGGAUUUAGUCCGCAACGGGUACAUUAUUGCUUUUUGUUACGAUUCUCAAGAUGAACAUUCCAACUUUUUACCCUUUUUUGCUUCUGAGCUGGACAACUUUUGUGAAGAAUUAACGCCACUUUUUUUUGACAACCGCUCUGAAGAUUUAAGCCACGCACUUCUUGAAAAGGCUUCUUUGUGGUAUUAUACAAACAUUGAGUUUCUGAGCCGCUCCUGCCAGCUUUUGAAGGAUCGUCUGUGCCACUUUUUAUAUGCCACCACCACCGUCCCGUUCUCUAUAAGAGUCAUUGGUGAAGACAACGAACGAAAAAAAGAUAUUGAAAAAUUGCUUAAAGUUUGCUUUAUUAAUGAAACGGCAGAAACUUCCUCUUAUACUCUAGAGCUUCUUACAAACGAUACUUUUGAGUUUAAUUGUGACGAAAGUAAUGAAUUUUGCAUGAACUUUAGCGAGGAAUUAAUAAAAAUCAUAAGCACGACUUGUUGCGCUCUUCAUCUUCGUGCAGUACUUGAAGAUUUCAAAAGCAAAGUCGUUAAUUUAUAUUGUUUUUUCCUUUAA